AUUCGGACACUCGGACAUUCGGACAUUCGGAAAUGGCCGGAGCUGUCCUGGGGCUGCUGCUGCUGCUGCUGACCCCGGCCCUGGGUGUCCCCACCACCCCUCCCCCCACGCCCCCCCCGGGCUGUGACCCCGCCCUGGCCCCGAUUUCGGGGGGCUGGGGGGAGCUGGUGGGGGGAGGGGCUGUGCUGCUCUACCGCUGCCCCCCCGGCAGCGCCCCCUCCCCCACCUCGGUCCGGCGCUGCGGCCCGGACGGGACCUGGGAUCCCCUGCCCGGGGGGGGGCAGGAACCCCCCAAGUGCCAAGCCGUGUUCUGCCCCGCCCCGCUGGAGUUCGAGCACGGCUGGUUUUACCCCCGCGGGGGGCGGCACCCCCCGGGCUCGCUGCUCCGCUACGGCUGCUCGGGGGGGUUCAGCCUCAGGGGCCCCGCCGAGAGGCGCUGCGGGGACGGGGGGCGCUGGGAGGGGCCGGACCCCGUCUGUGACGAUGGAUCCGGAGACUGCCCCGCCCCCGCCGUGCCCCCCGGCGCCUCCAUGGAGGGGUCCCGGGCCCGGUUCUCGGUCGAGGGCCGCGUUCGGUUCCGGUGCCGCCCGGGGCUGCAACUCGUGGGCUCGGCCGAGCGGCGCUGCCUGGAGGGGGGGUCGUGGAGCGGAACCGAGCCCCGGUGCCGGGACCCGAAUUCCUUCGACACCCCCGAGGACGUGGCCGAGGCGUUCCUGGCGUCCCUGAGCCAGAGCGUGGAGGCGGCCGAGGCCAACCGGACCCUGGACCCCACCUCGAAGCGCAGGAUCAGCCUGGAUGCGGGAGGGGCUCUGAACGUGUUCCUGGUGCUCGACGCCUCUCGCUCUGUGAAUCCCCGCGAUUAUGAACUGGCUCGGGACGCGCUCAGCGAGUUGGUGGAGAAGCUGGCCAGCCUGGGCGCCUCCCCCCGCUAUGGGGUCGUCACCUUCGGCUCCGAGGCGCGCGUGGAGCUGAGCCCGAGCGAGCCCCGGGCGAACGACGGAGCCUGGGUCAGGGAGAAGCUCGGGGGGCUUCCCCUGGCAGCCCACGCCCACGCCCCUGGCACCAACCUGGCUGCCGCCCUCCGCGCCGUUUAUGAGCUGUUGGUGCAGCAGGAGCGGGCGGAGGAGCAGCAGGGGCUGCGCCCACCCCCGGUGACCAACAGCACCCGGCACGUGAUCGUCAUCAUGACGGAUGGCCGAGCCAACAUGGGGGGCUCCCCUGUGCCCGUGCUGCACCAGAUCCAGGAGCUGCUGAGCAUCGGGAGAGACCCCCGGGACCCCCGCGACGAGUUCCUGGACGUUUAUGUGUUCGGGCUGGGCCAGGACGCUCACGCCGAGACCCUGAACGCGCUGGGCUCGAAAAAACCUGGGGAGCAGCACGUGUUCUUCCUGAGGGAAACCGAGGAGCUGCAGGAGGUGUUCCACAAGAUGAUUGACGAGAGCUCGACGCUGGGGCUGUGCGGGGUCAGCCUGGAGUUCGCGCGGGCAGAGGAGAGAGAGAGAAAUCCCUGGGAGGUCACGGUCACGGUCACGAGGCCCGGGAAGGGCCAGGAGCGCUGCCAGGGCUCGCUGGUGUCCCCGUACUUUGUGCUGAGCGCUGCCCAUUGCUUCACCGCCUCCGACCGACCCGAGUGGCUGGGAGUGGACAUCGGCCCCAGGGACCGCCGGGGGGUCUCGGGGCUGUUCCUGCACCCCGAGUUCAGCCCGGGUUCGCGCCGGGACCGGGGGGUCCCCGAAUUUUACGACUUCGACGUGGCCCUGGUGCAGCUGGACAAGGCCGUGCACCCUUCCCCCUCCCACCGCCCCAUUUGCAUCCCCUGCACUGAAGGGGCGUCGCGGGCGCUGCGGCUGCCAGAGAAGAGCUCGUGCCAGGACCACCGCCGGCUCCUGCUGCCCCCCAAGAACGUUGAGGCGUUCUUCCUGACCCCGCACGGCUCUGGGGGGCUGCAGCGGCAGAAGGUGCUGCUGAAACUGGGAGAUCAGCGGGGCCCGUGCGAAGCUGACGCCCUCCGCGCCCCACCCUACGCCAACGUCUCGUUGCUGUCUGACAUCGUCACCCCCCGGUUCCUGUGCUCGGGGGGCCACGAGCCCCAGGUGGACCCCAACGCCUGCCCUGGUGACUCUGGUGGCCCUGUCGUUGUCACCUGGGGGAAGCGACACUUCCAGGUGGGCGUGGUCAGCUGGGGCGUGCUCCCCGUGUGCCGCCAGCGCCGCGCCCCGGCCUUCGCCCGUGAUUUCCACGUGAACCUGUUUGAGGUUCUGCCCUGGCUGCGCGAGCGCCUGCGUGACGAGGACCUGGGGUUCCUGCCCUGAGCGCACCUAGGCACACCUGGGUGCACCUGACAUACACCUGGGGACACCUGGGUGUACCUGGGUGCGCCUGGGUACACCUGGGGACACCUGGAACACCUGGACCAACCCUGGAUACACCUGGAACUACCCUAAACACACCUGGGGACACCUGGGAACACCUGGGUGCGCCUGGGCACACUAUGGGACACCUGGAACACCUGGACCAACCCUGGAUAUACCUGGAACUACCCUGGAACUACCGUAAACUCACCUGGGCACACCUGGGUGCACACCUGGGGACACCUGGGAACACCUGGGUGUACCAGGGUGCGCCUGGGCAUACCUGGGGACACCUGGAACACCUGGACCAACCCUGGAUACAUCUGGAACUACCCUAAACUCACCUGGGCACACCUGGGUGCACCUGGGCACACCUAAAUGCACCCAGGAACACCUGGAGUUCCUGGCCUGAACACCUGGGGUACACCUGGGUGCAUCUGAGAUACACCUGGGUGCACGUGGAACUACCCUGCACACACCUGGAUAUACAUGGAACUACUCUGGACUCACCUGCACACCUGGAUGUGCUCUGACCACACCUGGACACACCUGGGUGGACCUGGGCUUCCUGCCCUGAACACCUGGGUGUUCCUGGGGGAACACCUGGGGAAACCUGGGUGCACCUGAGAUACACUUGGGGACACCUGGGACACACCUGGGUGCACCUGGGAGCACCUGAAACAACCCUGAAUACACCUGGAACUACCCUAAACUCACCUGAGCACACCUGGGUGCACUUGGGAUACACCUGGAAUUACCCUGAACUCACUUGGGACACCUGGGGUUCCUGCCCUGAGUGCACCUGGGUGCACGUGGGAUAUACCUGGAUACACCUGGGAACACCUGGGACAACCCUGAACUCACCUGGGAAUACCUGGGCACACUUAGGAUACACCUGGAACAACCCUGCACACACCUGGAUAUACAUGGAACUACUCUGGACAUGCCUAGACACAGCUGGACACACCUGGAUGUGCUCUGACCACAGCUGGACACACCUGGACACAUCUGGAUGUGCCCAGAACACACCUGGGCACACCUGGACACGCCCCUUAUUGAGAU